AUGAUCAAGAAGAAGUUGGACUCACAACUCGGGCAGCUGCACGAAGUGCUAAUGCCAUCGUUACGGACAGAAUGUGAGCUGGAAGUUUUGCGAAAAGAGAGCGAUCGGCAACGGCAUUUGAUAGGAGCUUUGGAGACCGAAGUGUUUGGUGCGCGACUCGCGGCUAAGUAUUUGGACAAGCCGGCAGAAUUCAGCAAAUUCAAUUACUUGGACGAAAUAUGCGCGGCGUCGAACAUGAUCGACUAUGGAACCAGCUAG